AUGUUUGGCUCAAAGGUUAUUUCUCUUCUAAUUUCACUAAAUAUCAUAUUUUUCACUAGUGUCUCCUCCCUCAACAUUCCAUGCCCUCCGGCUACUCCGAAGAAGUGCCCAAAAGAUACCCUAAAGUUGGGUGUUUGUAGUGACUGGUUAGGGCUGGUUCACGAGGAGAUUGGAGCAAAACCUAGCAGCAAAUGUUGUGCAUUGUUGGAGGGUCUGGCCAAUCUUGAAGCUGCAUUGUGUUUAUGUACCGCAAUAAAGGCAAAUUUAUUAGGCAUUGUAAACUUAGAAAUACCAGUUGCCAUAAGUUUUGUUAUCGAUUCUUGUGGAAAGAAAGUUCCUAAAGGCUUUGUGUGCGAAUAG